AUGAGGAGAAGUUAUAGUCACACCUACCUUAAUUCUUCGCUAACAUCUCCGUCAAAUUCGACCUCAAACCAACCUAUAACUCUUCAAGGCAAUUUAUCAAAAAAAUUCCCUGACACAAACUCCUCCAAAUGGGAAGGCUUAUCUUUAACUGGCAAUCCCAGCAAUGCUAAGCAGUUAGCUGGAAUUCGGUCUCCACGACGUUGGGACGAAUACAGCAAUGGGUCUCGAACUGUAAUCCCAAGCCAGCCAGCUACAGAGCCAAUUACACCUCGCCGUACAAUGACUCCUCGUGCCUCCAAUGCAACAGGAAAUCUUAUGGACAUGAUUAAUAAAGGAUACUCCAAAGAAGAACUAGGGACUUACUCAAGAAGAGUCUCUAUUAAUGGAAAAACUGUAUAUUUUUUAUAAUAAAUAAUCAUUUUUAUAUUAAAAAUCUAAAUAAAUCCAUAUUUAUAUAAAAAAAACAAUAUAUUCAAAUGCUACAAGCAUUGACAAUACUGCUUGUAAUGAAGCUUAUAAAGGAAAAGGCAUCUACGCCCCUGGGUUCAUUCAAGAUCGAAAAAUAAGAAAAGAAAGCGGGAUUGGCUUUGAAAAUCGGCAAAGCCAAAUUUCGACCCUCCCUGGCCCACAUAAAGAAGCUAAAGAAAAGCCGAGAGAAAUUCGUAUCAAGCCUGACUAUUAUUCACACAUCUCUGAUUUGCCUGGAUAUUUAACUAAACCAGAGCCUUCAGUUGAAAAAGCAAAUCCACUUGUAAAAUUGUCAAGACAUACAGCGACUUCUAUAGAAAAACAAAAUAUGCUAGGGCAAACACCUGACAAGACUGGACCAAAACGAGAAAUAAUUCCUUCUAAGAAGCCUGCCGACUCAGAGUUUAAUAACAUUGGAAAGGAAAGGGCGCUAAAUCCUUAUAGCACAGGCAAGCUUUCUAAUAAAGAAGCCCAACAAAGGCUACUUGGAGCUAGUAACUCUGAAUGCACUGAUUUCAGCAAAAGAGCUCGGCCGAUGUCGGCAAGAGACAUGUUUAAAAGCAGCAUCCCAUUUUUAAGUUAUUUUAUAUCAAUUAUAUAGAGACUUAACAAUUUUUUUUUAUUAAAAUUAUUUUUUUUAUUGAAAAUACUGAACUUUUUAUUUAAAAUAAACUUGAUUCUUCUAUAAUAAUUAUAA